CUGACAGCAGUCAGAUUCAGUCUGGAUAUGGCGUCGCUGCACCGACACAGGAUGAAUUUUUACCUCUCCGUGGGAAUUUGCCAGUCGCGCAGCAGGACUGUACUUCUUGUUUUUUGUCGCUGUUAACAUCAAACAUACAUGGCGAUGAAGGACGAGGAUAAUAAUUCAGCGGUCGCGGCGACCAACAACCAAACGGGCAUGAAGAAGGGAGGUGAUGUCGGCGAUAACGGGGCUUGCAUAGACAGGCAGCCGGACACGGUGGUCCACCGAGCGGGGCUGAAUCCGACUGCAGGUCGCGGUAGCCGCAGUGGACCCGGAGCCCACGCUGCAACGGGGAUCCGAGUGUUAAAGCGCAACAUGAAGCGAAAUGGGAGUCGUAGCUGUGUAACAAGAAAGACCAGAUUUGGAUCUCGUGAAAGGGACUGGCUCAAAGGAGACACCCAGCGAGGCUGUGUGUGUCUGUAUGGGGGGACAGUGGAGCUACAACCACCUGCCUCGGGCCCCCAGGCUUCGUCCACCCCUCAGACAGACCUGCAGUUGGUGCUUUGCUCCAGCAACACCACAGUAGAGGAGCUGUGUGCCCAACGCGAUGGAAAGGGCCUCUACGUUCAGCUGCAUGGAGACCUAGUGAGGAGGCUGGACCCCUCUGAACGCCCACUCCUGAUGGUUUAUGAAUACCUGACAGCUAUGGGAUAUGCAGAUCCUGUACGAGUACAGCAAGAGGCAGCCAACUCAGACCUCAGCUGUUUGAUCCGCUUUUACAGUGAGCGUCCAGUGAAUGCAGACCAGCAGGAGCGGACUCUGCUCAAAGGCGUAUUCAGCGUCAGAAAGGGCAAGACACAGCUGCAUAAAUGGGCAGAGCGGCAGGUCAUUCUUUGUGGCACCUGUCUAAUCGUGGCCUCUGUUAAAGACAGCCUUACUGGAAAGAUGCACAUCCUGCCCCUGGUCGGGGGAAAGGUGGAGGAGGUGAAGAGGAGGCAACACUGUCUGAUGUUCAGCUCAGCUGGCUCACAGGCUCAGACAUACUUUGUCAACUUUGACACACUUGCAGACUAUCAACGAUGGCAUCGGCAGGCAUCAAAAGUGGUGUCUCAGACGGUCAGUCUGGUGGACUUAUCCUGCUACAGCCUGGAAGCCGUGCCUGAAUACCUGUUUUAUAGCCAGGAUAUCACCCAUCUCAACCUGCGACAUAACUUCAUGAGCCUUCAGGGGCCCGGGGGCCUGCUCAACCUUCCCAGGUUUUCUCAGCUGAAGAGUUUGAACUUGUCUCACAACCGUCUUGGUGUAUUUCCUGAGUGUGUGUGUGAAAUCCUCUCCCUGACUGAGCUCAACCUCUCCUGUAAUAGUCUCCACACUGUCCCUGCACAGAUAGGCAACCUUCAAAGCCUGCAGACGCUGUCUUUGGAUGGAAACCAUCUCAGCUCCCUGCCUGAGGAGCUGGGCGGCCUUUGCCAGCUCAACAGCCUGGGGCUCUCCUUCAACAAUUUCUCUCACAUCCCUGCUGUGUUGGAGAGACUCAGCGCAGUAGACAAACUGGCCAUGGCUGGGAACAGAGUGGAGAGUCUGGAGUUGAGCACUCUGGCCGCAAUGAGCCACCUGAAAAACAUUGACCUCCGGUUGAAUGGUCUGCGCUGGGUGAAAAGUGAAAACUUAGAGGCAGUGAACCAGGUGACGCAGCUGGACUUGCGGGACAAUUGCUUGGACUCACUAGAUCUGAGCACCGUCUGCAACCUGGAGACUCUGUGCUGCCAACGCAACCAGCUGGGGACACUCACACUCAGCGGUUUCACACUGCGCAUGCUUAAUGCCAGCAGCAAUGGCCUUACAACAGUCAACAUCUACCCAGUCCCUAACUUGCUGACACACAUGGACCUAUCGCAGAACCUUUUGGAAUACCUUCCUGACUGGGUUUGUGACUGCAGAAAAAUUGAGAUGUUGGAUGUCACACACAACCUCUUAUCUGAGCUUCCAUCCAGGCUGCUCAACAGCUUAAGUUUGAGAAAGCUGCUGGCGGGGAACAAUCGUUUGCAGAGAGUGCCUGACCUACUUGACCACGUCCCUCUGGAAGCUCUAGACCUCCAACACAACAAGCUAACCGAGCUCCCAGAGAGUCUCUUUUACAAAGCCUUAAAUCUGAAAUACUUAAACAUGUCCGCCAAUGCCCUGGAAAGUAUCCCUCCAAGCAGCCAAUCAGAAGAGAGCUUGAGCACUCUCCAGGAGCUUUACCUGACGGGGAACAACCUGAAUGAGAAUUGUGGUGCUGUGCUGGUAGGACAUCAAAACCUGCGGGUCCUUCACAUCGCCUACAACCAGCUGCUGUCCUUCCCAGCCAGCAAACUGAGUAAACUGGAACUGAUGGAGGAGCUUAAUCUAAGUGGCAACAAGCUGAAGACGAUCCCCUCCACUGUGUCCAGCUGUAAGAAACUGCACACGCUCAUAGCUCACUCCAACAAUAUCACUGUCUUCCCAGAGAUACUCAACCUGCCUGAGAUCAAGCUCGUAGACCUGAGCUGUAAUGAGCUGACUGAAAUCCAGCUGCCUGACUCACUACCUGCCACUCUGCAAGAACUGGACCUGACAGGCAACAGCAGCCUGAUGCUGGAGCACAAAACCCUCAACCUGUUCAGUCACAUCACUACCCUGAAGCUAGACCAGAAAUCCACCACAACAGGAGACUCACAGACCGUCUCCACUCCAUGGAAUCAUGGAUAUUCUGAAAUGAGUGGCCAAAGAAACAAGUUGUGUGUGUCUGUGCUGGCUGUAGACCAAUUUGGAGAUGGUGUGGAAGCAUGCUAUGGUAUCUUUGAUGGAGACCGCAACGAGGAAGUUCCAAGACUGCUGCAGUGCACCAUGGGAGAUGUGCUGUGCGAGGAACUGCAGCACUCCAGCGUUGACACUGUGUAUAUGUGCAACACUUUCCUUACGUCUCACAGAAAACUGGGCAUGGCUGGACAGAAACUGGGUGCCUCUGCAUUGCUAUGUUACAUCCACCACGAGCCUUCAGAUCCAGGAGGCCUCUUCAGUCUCACUGUGGCCAACGUAGGGACCUGCCAGGCAGUGUUGUGCCGUGACGGUCGACCUGUUCCACUCUCUAAGGUUUACAGUUUGGAGAACUGCACUGAGGAGAUGGACAGAGUUAAACUCAGUAAAGCCAUUAUUACAGAGGACAAUAAAGUGAGUGGAGUGACAUGCUGCUCUCGCCUGCUGGGCUGCUCUUAUCUGUCUCCCUGGGUGCUUCCCAAGCCUUAUGUGCGCACUGAGCCCCUCUGUGCUCAAGAUGAGUUCUUGAUCCUGGGAAAUCGAGCGCUGUUUGAACGUGUCUCCUACCAGGAGGCUGUGUGCACUGUGCAGGCUGUGCGAGAUCCACGCGCUGCUGCCAAGAAGCUCUGUUCGCUCGCCCAGAGUUACGGAUGUAAGGACAACAUCGGAGCCGUGGUUGUGUCCCUACAUAUCGGCGAGGACAACUGCACCUGUGAGCCACCCGUCUCCACCACUGAACCCCGCGGUCCCCAUCCGACCCCUUUACCUGUGUCUGUGACCCUGGGCCCCAGUGACCCGGCCACUCUCUCCUCCAGCAGUGGCAUCGUAUCAGAGUUCAACAGUGAGACAUCAGCGUCAGAGGUGGGCAGUGAGGCGGGGUCCACUGCAUCUGAUGAGCACCCGUCAUCUGGCACUGCACCGCGUCCAGAGAGACGGUGUAGCCUUCACCCUGCCACUACGUUGUGUGGGAUCAUGGUGCCAGGAUCAGCUGGGACAGGAACACACCCUGGUCUGUUCCAGCGGCAGCCCUCCUGUGCCACAUUCUCAAGUAACCAGUCUGACAACGGCUUGGAUAGUGAUGAUGAAGCUCCCCUCGAGGGUGUGAUCUCAAAUGGCAGCAAGUUAGAAGUGGAAGUAGAUAUUCACUGCUGUGCUUUCCAACUACGGUCAGGGGCCCCUGAGAGCCCCAAAGACCAAGACCUUGAAAAGCGUGGCUCUGACUUUUCCAGUGGUAAAAUGCGCAGGCAGAACAGUGUGGUGGUAUCAGCGACAAAUGGCUGCCUACUGGCUGUUUGUGGGAGAGAGAUCGCCGACCUCAAGAAGUCACCUUCUACGUCCAGCUUGUUUGGGAAGAAACUUUCCAAUGGAUCUGUGGUGGCUCCCGAGGAUAGCCAUAAUCUCAUUGAGGUGGCCUUGGAGGCUCCUAAGAAGAAGUCCGGCUACUUCACUGCCCCAGCUCAGCAGGACCCAGAGGACCAGCUUAUUGUACCCCCUUGUCUAGAGCAGGAAGUGAGGGAGCAGCUUAGGGGCCAGAGCCCUAUAGUCUCCAGCCUGACUGGACUGUCUACAACCUCCUCCUUAAAAGACCCUGUGUGGGAUCAUCCACAUCCUCCUGCCUUUCCCCCAAACCUAGUCCCAGCCCCAGGCCCAACUCCAGUCUUACAGCAGGAAGUGUAUGAUACUGCCUUCUAGAAGAGAAAGCAGAGCGCCAUCAGGCUGCAGUUUUAUGAUUGUGCCAUUCCAGAGAAACAAAGGAGAUUUUCUUCAAACAUGUAGUAUAUUCUGAUUCAAGUUGCCAUUUGGGUCUUUUGUGAGGACAAAGCAAACUUGUGGAACGCUGAUGUUAUCAUGUGAUGCUGCUUCACUAAGUUGGGGUGAAAUGAUUUGUGCACAACAGUCAGAGUGUCCAACAAGAGAGCGACCAAGAUUGCACUGAUGAUGAUGAUGAUGAUGAUAAUGUGAAAAGUUUGGCUACAAUAGACCAAAAGAAGCCCGACAUGAAAUGAGAUACCUCAUGUUUCUCAUGUCAGCAACAUUUCCCUUUAUUUGGAAUAUCAAGCAAUCUGGAGGGUGUGUAUGAGAGCGUAUUCAGAGAGGUUGAAUCUCCUCUCCAGGGGCUCCUUGGUCUCUCGGGUCCUGGAGUGAAGCCCUAUAACUGAAACUAGAAAAAAGUGCCUACUGCAGACGUUUCAGCCCAGACCUCCUCCACAUCCUGGCUGAGUAUUGGGAUGUGAUCUUGGUACAUCUGGAGGAGGGACAGUCUCAAAGAGACCGACACUGGCACAUCUACUGCUUUCCUCCUCUUCAUAUGGCUUAAAAAAGGAAAUAAGUCUGUAUAAUGUGUAAGACACAUAAGACUAGAAGAUGUGAAAACAAAAUAACUGUUCAUACAUUGCCAGAAAAUGUAUUAUGUUAAUUUUUUAACAUUCCCGCACAAUACAGGACACACAAAACCCUCUUCACAGAACAAAUUAAACAGCAUAGUACACACUGGCCAGUAAUACGCAAAGGUGUACCUGAGCUGUCAGCAUCAAAAUUGAUGAUGAUUGAUAUUUGAAAAAAAAACAAAACAAACAAAUCUAUUGAAGAACUAAAAAAUCAGUUGUUUAACACUUCAAUCUGUGACAUGCAUGAUCAAAUGAUCUUAUAAAUUACAUAGGAAAGUAAAAUUUCUUUAUCUUCUUGUCCUGUUGGUUUUAAUGCCAUCGUACAGUGGACUGGAGAUCCCAGGAUGCAUCAGUGUCAUUUAAUUUCAGUCUAAUCAGUCUGUCAAGGUGUUAAAGUGAGUUAUUACAUGGUCCGCCAGUUGGAGUUGAAUGAUGGAUAUAGUAUUUGUAUGGGGUGUUUUUUGGGAAAAAAAUCUCCACUUUUGCUAAGAUUGCACAUUUCGUUAAUCAUAACUUUUGAGGCUGCUAAGACUUUAUAUUUGAAAACAUCCAUUGUUGUCCAUGCAAAUAGAUUUGGUUGUUAAUGAGCCACUUUUAUAUGUAAUCAUUGUUUAGGCUCAGUCCUGAAUGCACAACCAAACACAACCCAGAUGAUGUUCAGGAUGUGUAAUUGUGGCCCACUGUAAAGUGAAGUUUAAGAAGAACCCGGUCUGUGAGUUCAUGAUGUCGUACUAUUUGUGGGCAGAAUCUGCAAUUCUGUAAGAGGAUGUGAUAUUUAAUAAACAUAUAAUUAUAUUUAAUAGAUAAACAUAAAUACAUCUAUUAUUGAAUAGAAUAAUACUUACAAAUAUAUAAACUAUAUUGUUUGCAGAAUUCAGGACACGAACAAAUUGUGUCUCUUUAUAUUUUAAAGUUCUUUACUUUUCACUUGCACAUUCUUCAUAUAUGCCUUUUCCUGUUAAAGGAGAAAUGCUUUUGUAAAAUCCAACCCACAAUUAAGGUACAGAACAUUGUCAGUGCAGCAGCACAAAGAUAUAAAGUAUAUUUUCACCCAUUCAUUUAAAAUAUUUCAGUCUCUUUUCUUUUAAAAUAUGUGGAACCAGAACCAGUCAAAGGCAGAUAGUGCAAUAGAGUUCUAUAGAAACUAUUUAUUUCAUAUCAUCAGGUGAAUAUAAUGCAGCCCUUAAAACCUCACUUCAUCCAUUCCCAAACCUCUUUGCCUUGUGCCAAAAGAGAAAGCAGCUGACAUUCAAAUCGAGUCGCCUUUAGAUUUUACUUUGUCAUACUCAGCCAAAUACUGGACAACAUGCAGUGAGAUGAAGCAGUGGUGACGGCGGCCAACCUCACCAGUGCCGUGUCACCACCUGCUGUCGUAAGAAGGCCAAAGUCAGGUAAUUACUCAUGUUGGUGAUUACUACAUUAUCUGUACAUUUUCAGUUGCCACUCCACAACAGUGGUGUUAUUCUGGCAUUCCACAGCUGUUGCAUAGCUGGACCUUUCUUCGUUCUAUUUAGCCUUAAACCAACACUACUCAGUAUUUGUGAAAAAAGAGGCUCUUCGUCUUUCAUCCCAUUCAUUUUCUAUUUGUGACUUUUAGUCCAGGAUGGUGUGUGCUUUCUUUUGGCAAAGCCCUUGCCCUCACUUUCCCCCAAGUAAUGCGUGAGUAAUGCGUAAGUCAGUGGUGAAGCCUUAAUUGCUAUGUGAGUUUUUGUAAGGAUUAAUCACUAUUAAAAGCACUUUGUAUAUAGAAAUAUAGAAUUUCAGAGUUAUGUAUAUUUGAACAUAAUAUACAAAAUAAUGAUCAUUUUAGUGUUCUGGGAUUAUUGUGGCUUCCCUCUGCCUGACAUAUCACCUCUUAUCUAAGAAUACAUAGCCAACAGAAAUGAUCACGUAAAAUGUUGACUGUGCUACUUUCCUUCUUUAACAUGUAUUGUAUGAUAAGCAUUUAUUCUUUUUAUGUCUGCUUUAUUUUUAAUUUUGAUUACAUUCGGAUUUUACAGAAUGUCUCCUCAUAAUAAUCAUCAUUAUAUGCACUCUUACCUUCUCUGCCAACAUCGCUCUACCAUUCCACGGGGUUUUCGGGCCCUCUAUUGAGUGGAAAUGAGCAAAUUUAUUCUUCAUGUUUAUUCCUGAUAUACUGUAGGGGUUGAAUCUCUAUUUCCUGAUUACCUGGCAUUCAUGAAAGUAUUUUUUUCCUCACAAUGUUGCCACCGACUGAUCCGAUAGUUAUCAUGGCUCACAUUAAGUCAUUGUUUCAGUCUCCAUUUUACUCUGAAUUUUGACUUUAGUGUCAAAGUUUAAGAGUGUGGGAUUAUCUCUGUCCACAGUUAAGAAUGGGAAAUUACAUUUAGUGGCUGGGCUGAUGGUUUGUUUUCUGGUCCAGGCUUGUGUGGUGUCUGAGAUGCCAACCACUUCAUGGUAUGAUAGAUUAGAGGAAAGCCAGACCUCUCCUACCGAAAGAUACGUAGCAUGUCACCCAGACCGCUCUGAUUAAAGCCAGAGCAACACUGACAGGCAUGUACAUGUACCUGCCACACAAGAAACUAGGAAAAAAAAAAGAUGACAGAUUUUGAUUGGAAAAAACACUGACACAUCUACUGAAAAAGGGGGUCAGUUCAAGAAAACAAGUUGCAUUUUCCAUAGGGAUGGUGAUGUUUACUCUCACAAAUAUGCAAGUGUCAUCUGUAUAUAUUUAUUGUAAUUCAGUGGUUUAAUUUUAGUCACCUAAAACUACAAGAAUCCCUUCUUUCAAUGUGUCUAAAAAUUAAUCUCGACUGACGGUACGUAUGUAACAAAGGUUGUGCGUGUAUAAGUUGUGCAACGUUAUUUUGUGACUUUGUCAAAUCCUUUCAUUUUCAGUCCAGUUUUGCUACAUCAGCAAUUGAGAAUUUCAUGAUCAACACGUGCGAAACCACCUACUUCAGUUUUUUGAUACAGUUGUACAUUCACUGCACAUUUAUUCUGUCAGUCUCUUUGUUGACAACAAAUGUUAAUGUCCAGUACUGUGCAUACUUUUAACAUAAAGGAUAUGACCCAUGUACCAGUAGAUCAGUGUGUAUGUAUAUAUGCCUACUGUAUGUGUAGAUGCAGGAAGAGAGAACACAGGGUACAGAGAAGUGCAAUACAUUGGUGAAAAUGUUCCCUUUAAUUCUUUAGUGGAGGGGGUCCGGUGGUGUAAUAUGCACCGAUUUUCAGACUAUGUGCAUUUGAAUAGGCUACUGCGUCAGUGCUUUUUAAACUGCUGAUUCAUUUACUAGCUGUAAGGGAUCCUUUCCUCUCUGCAAAGGAAGUUAACAAGCUCUGUGUACAACUCAGCUGCGAAAUGUCUGUGUUUGUGUGUGUAAAAUGAAGCUGACAUGUACAAGUAUAGUUUGUGUGUGCAUGCUCCUGUGGGUACGGACUGACUGUAAUUCUGCGUGAAUAUGGCGAAUGAUCCUGAUUGAAGAUGCUCCAUGUGACCAAAGUAGCCAUUGUUUUAAUCUCACAGUUCCUUUCUGUGCAUUAUUUUCUAGAAAUGCUUGAAUAUUUUUUUUCUCAAUGCCAAGAAGCUGAUGUUUAUUUUUGUACUUCAUUGUUUCAUGCAAAUUUAUAUCUCUCCACUUCAGAAUUCAACAUGAUUGAGGUUCUUCAGAAAACUGUCACUCAUUAUGGUACUUAUUUUAAAGUACAAAGUAUAACUGUAUUUAAUGUUGAAAGCAUGGCCCUAGUAUAUACAUCAAGAUAAAAGCUUAUGAGUACAUACGAAGUGUGAAUUAUUUGUACAAAAAGGAGCAUAUCCAAUAUUUUAAGGUUUUUAUUUUCGCAUGCAGAUUACUGCUAAAGUUGAGUUUUGUUUUGUUUUUUUUGUUUUUUUUUUUGUUUGUUUAAUCUUUAGGAAAGAGUUUCUUAUUUAGGAACAGGACUAACAAUGAGCACUUUUGCUGUUAUGUCAGACUGCAUUGUACUCCCUUGGACUCUGAGAGUGGAAGAUGGUUGGUAUUUUAUUUGAAAUGCUGCUAUCAUUAGUUUUGAGCAGACAAGAUGUUUUUUAAUUAACUUUAAGCCAAGUAGCAAUAAAACUUUUUACUGUGA